AUGCAGAUCAGGCGCAAGAGAGCGUUGAGGAAGCUCUGGGCGCGCACUCGCUGCCCUAGAUUGAAAACUCAACUCAACACCUUGUCGGAGGAACUGUCGGUUGCAGUCCAGGCCUACAGAGGAGAGGCCUGGGGGCGGCGCAUAUGGAAAGCAGAAGAGCGCGACGCGUCGCUUUAUAAACUGAACCGACAGUUGAUCAAAGCCACCUCCCGUUUGCCCGACGACCAACAGCGCGGAUGA